CCACUCCCUCUGAGCUGUAUUUAGUAGACGUAGGAAUUUUGAAAAUUUUGUUUACAGAUUCCUGAAAACCCACUUGCUAGCAACAACAAAGUUUCUAAAUUUUGGAGUGGUUUUUGUGGGUUUGGAAGAUCUGAGGCAGGGAAAGGGGAAAGAUGGCAACUUUUGGAGGGACUACCCAGAAGUGCAAGGCUUGUGAGAAGACUGUGUACUUGGUUGAUCAGCUUGCUGCUGAUAAUAAAGUGUAUCACAAAGCCUGUUUCAGAUGCCACCAUUGCAAGGGCACCCUCAAGCUAAGUAACUACUGCUCCUUUGAGGGUGUUUUAUAUUGCAAGCCGCACUUUGAUCAACUAUUUAAGAUGACUGGCAGCUUGGAUAAAAGUUUUGAAGGAGCUCCAAAAACUGUUAGAGUGGAGAGAUCAGCAGACCAGGUGACCAACAGCAGAGUUUCAAGCAUGUUUGCUGGAACACAAGACAAAUGUGUUGCUUGUAAGAAAACUGUUUAUCCUAUUGAAAAGGUGCAAGUAGAUGGUAUGCCUUAUCACAAGGCUUGUUUCAGGUGCAGCCAUGGAGGCUGUGUGAUUAGCCUAUCAAACUAUGUAGCCCAUGAACAACGUCUCUACUGCAGGCAUCACCACAACCAACUCUUCAAAGAGAAGGGUAACUUUAGCCAACUUGACAAGCAUGAAGAUGUCAACGGGGUGACUGAGAACACUGUGGCCUAGAGAUACUGUUAACUGGAUACAUGUCAUCAUUAGAGACAGUUUGCAAGCAAAGCUCGAUGGAACUUUUGAAGAAUGCAGUGAGAGGUGUCAACCAGUUAACAUUCUGCCUGGUAUAAAUGUAAUAUGUUAUUGCACAGAAAUAUUCGGCAGAGAUUUCAGUUUGUUGCUGAAGUUUUGUGUGAGAUUGUUAAUGAAUAUCAGUUUGAGAUGUCUUUCUCAAUAAACUAUGUUGAUUUUA